AUGUCCCGAAUCUUGCGCCCAGCAUCUCGACUUGUCUCGUCCACCUCAGCGUCGAGACCAGUAAUUGCCCGAAAUGCCUUCCAGUCCUUCUCCCGCGUACCGGCGAUUGUGUCAAGCAGAGGAUAUGCGAAGGAGAGCGGUAUGAAAGAGAUGACUGUCAGAGAUGCGCUGAACGAGGCUUUGGCUGAGGAAUUGGAAUCAAACCCAAAGGUCUUUAUCGUCGGCGAGGAGGUCGCUCAGUACAAUGGCGCAUACAAAGUCACUAAGGGACUACUGGAUCGAUUUGGAGAUAAAAGAGUCAUCGACAGUCCCAUCACCGAGUCUGGCUUUGCUGGUUUGACUAUUGGCGCCGCAUUGGCCGGUCUAACACCUGUGUGCGAAUUCAUGACCUUCAACUUCGCCAUGCAAGCUAUUGACCAGAUCGUCAACUCCGCCGCGAAAACCCACUACAUGUCCGGCGGUAUCCAGCCCUGCAACAUAACCUUCCGUGGCCCUAACGGUUUCGCUGCUGGUGUCGCUGCGCAACAUUCGCAAGACUACUCGGCGUGGUACGGAAGCAUACCCGGCCUUAAGGUCGUCUCCCCGUGGAGCGCAGAGGAUGCAAAAGGCCUGCUGAAGGCAGCCAUCCGCGACCCCAACCCUGUUUGUGUCCUGGAGAACGAGCUGCUGUACGGUCAAUCCUUCCAAGUAAGCGAGGCGGUCCAAAAAGACGACUUCGUUAUUCCCUUUGGCAAGGCCAAGAUCGAGCGCGCCGGCAAGGACCUCACGAUCGUCUCCCUCUCCCGCUGCGUCGGUCAGUCCCUCAUUGCCGCCGAGAACAUCAAGAAGAAGUAUGGCGUCGAGUGCGAAGUCAUCAACCUUCGCUCUAUCAAGCCUCUGGACAUCGAGUCCAUCGUCAAGUCCGUCAAGAAGACCCACCGCCUGCUCUGCGUCGAGUCCGGGUUCCCCGCCUUCGGCGUCGGUGCCGAAAUCCUCGCUCUCACAAUGGAAUACGCCUUCGACUACCUAGAUGCCCCUGCUCAACGUAUCACCGGUGCUGAGGUCCCUACGCCGUACGCGCAGAAGUUGGAGGAUAUGUCGUUCCCUAACGAGCCACUGAUCGAGGCCUACAUCGCCAAGAUGCUGAAUCUGUAG